AUGACGUCGGCGUCGGAGGAGCGUGGGCAGACCCUGACCCAGCGCCGAAGGGCAUCGGAGCUGGAUACAGGACCAAUUGGAUUACAAGGAACCAAAGGACCUCCAGGAAUUCCUGGACCUCCAGGACUAACAGGACAACAGGGAUCACCAGGUCAAAAAGGAGAGAGAGGAGACAGCAGGGCUUCAGCUCUUGAAGCACUGGAACUUAAAGUAACCUCCAUGGAACAACAGCUUCGAUCUAAGUUAGAGGCUCAGAAGAAAGCCCUGGUCUUCUCUAAAGGAGCAAACAGUGGUGACAAAAUCUAUAUUACAAAUGGCCAGGAAGCAACUUACUAUGAUGGAAAAGCAAUUUGCUCUUCAGCUGGAGGACAGCUUGCUUCACCAACGAAUGCAGAAGAGAACCGAGCUGUACUAGCCGUGGCUUUACAAAAUAAGAAGAAUCCAUUUCUUGGUAUUAAUGACAUUCAGACUGAGGGAAGUUUUAGAUACCCAAAUGGAAGGAUAAUCAGCUACUCAAACUGGAAACCUGGUGAACCCAAUAAUGUCAAAGGGAAUGAAGAUUGUGUGGAAAUGUAUGACUCAGGAUUAUGGAAUGAUAAGAAUUGUGGAGAAAAACGACUUAUCAUUUGUGAAUUUUUUUAAAAUUGU